GGGCGCUAUCAUUAGGACCGGCGACUGCAGCUGACCAACACACAACAGGCAACACCUCCUAUUUUAUGCCGACAGUAACUUGAAAUGUGGGGUUAAAAUUCCCUCAUUCGAGUUAGCAACAGCAAAAACGCCGUCACUGGCAUAAGUAGAAGAAUGGGGCAUGCUGUUCUACAAACAAUCCCAGAGGGAUUCACCAGUGCCGUGGAGAUCUUAAACCUUUUUCCCAAGGAUCUUCUUGCAGAGCUCUGCCAUGAAGUCAUCGCCUUCCUGCAGUUCUCCAAGGGUCUUGUCAGUGCCACGCAGUACCUUGAUAAACUGCAUGACGUCGAUGUACAGAGCAGUGAGCAAGCUGUCCAAGGAGCCAUCAAUGCUCUAACAUUCCUAUUCAGAUCAGCCGCAAGGGCCAAAGUUUUACCAGAUGACCUCGUGAAGGAACUCAGACAGAGCCUUGUAUGGUCAGACAGCUGUAUAGAUGUCAUCAAGGAGGUUUGGACAGAAAAGGGCAAGUCUGUCUGCUCCGCGCAGGGGGUCAACCAACUCCUCAGUGUGGGCCAGCUGGUGGACAUGCAGUGGAAGCUGGGCGUGGCCAUGACGUCGGACGUCUGCCGCAGCCUCAAUUCCACCUUCGUGAUGAUGUCACUUAAGGUCGCCGACCCCUCGGGCCAGGUCACCACCAAGUCACUGGAGAUGACGGUGGCUGAGUUUAAGAAUUUCUCAAAGCAAAUACGAGAAAUGGCAGCCAUGCUGGAGAUGAUAUGACAAGCAACUUCUUGCCUUCUAAGUUCCAACUCUAACUUUAUCAGCGGGUGAAAUUAUUGUCAGACAUUUGGACAUUUGUGGACUGUUUGCUACAUUUGUCCAAACUAAACAAUUUGCGCAGUCAAAUUGUGACACUUUUUAGUUCAUCAUA